GAGGAGGAGAAUAAGAAGAAGAAGAAGAAGAAUUAUUAUUAUUAUUAUUUCACCGUGGUUAGACGACGUUAAAGAGCAGGAUGAGUGAAGAAAAGAGAAAGAGAAGGAGCCAGUACGCAAGGAGCUGGAGGUCUGCGAAGAAAUGUCUUCGUACGACGAGGGCAAACUCCCACCGUGAUGAUACUCAGUCAUCCUCCAAUGGCAUUGCAGGACACCGGGAGGAGAUUAAUAUUCCUGAGCCCCGUAACAGUCAUGAGGAGGUGACGAGAACUGGUGUCCCUUACUCAGAUGUGGAAAUUCCACACUUGGGUGAAGAUGCCGUUACAGACAGCCAAGUGGACACUGACUUGGAUCACCCUAAAGAUUCUUCUCUGUGUGAGGAAUUGCGGGCCUGGGCAAAUGAGUUCUCGAUCAAGCCUAAUGCCUUGGAUGCUUUGCUUAAGAUCUUGCAGCAACAUGGCCACCAAGAACUGCCUUCCACCAGCCACACACUGAUGCAAACUUCCAGGGAUGUAUUUGCUCAGUGGGUUUUUAAAAAUUUUUUAGUUCCCACCAUGCUACACAAGAAGCCAUCGAGCAUUAAUUUCAGAAGAGAGGUCCGGAGCCCCCAGCUUGGCAUUCCAGCUUCACCAAAUCCAUCAAGCUUUGCAGAUGAGUUCUCUACAUUUUGCGCAGCAGCUCAAAUGGAAAGUAGAGCACAAGACCAGACUACAGAAUUUCAGAGAGUGGUGUUGCAGCAGCUGGCCACAAUCACUGAGACACAAGUAGAAAUCACGCAGAUGUUAAGGAGACUGAAAAGAAACGAGCCCGGUGCUUUAAGGGUGUCGGUGCUGGAUGCACUGGACCCUGCGAAAUCCGAAGAUGAGCUGCAGGUCUUGGAAGACCAGCUGCAGGACAAAGAACAUCAGAGGAAGAUGACACAAUAUCUGAGUACAAUGGGCGGGAAAGACUUGGCAGAUGGAGUCCGGCGGGUCAUGCUGGCGAUUGCUACACACACUGUUUGGAGCAACUACAGUGUGCACGGAAAGAAGGGGAAGAAGCCUCUGAAGAAUAUGACAGUAUACAGUGUCAUAUUACGGGCAGUUAUGGCCUCCAGGCCAAACGAUACCAUGGCAGACGUGGCCGUCCAGGUGCAGGAGACACUGAAACAUGCCCCUGCCCGAUGCAAAAAGGUAUCUGCAGAAGCUCCAGGCCCUCCGUCCAUCUCUCCUUCAGAUGGGGAACUUUAACCAUCUUCGAUUCCAUAAAUAUUGACUCCUCAUCCUUGGUGUUGGGACAAAGUUUUUUAAAAUGGACAAAAGUUGUUUAUGGACCCACUGCUCCUAAGUAAUUAGGAUGGAUUAAAUGCAGAGGACACAUUUCACUGUGUGUACAUGUAUAUGCACGUGACUAAUAAAGCAUUCUUCCUCUUCUU